CUGUCAUACUGACCGUGUAUCUUGAGUGGUUGUGUUUUCGCUAUCGAGUGAAAUGUCUCAGGUGUAUGAAAACAUCUUUCGUGACGCUCUGAAAGAUUUCAGAGUUUCAGAGGAUGGCCUGAUUUCAGGCUAUUGUAAUUCGUUGGAGGAGGUGGAAACACUUCUCGAUCAGCUGAAAACUGUGGGGUUUUCAUACUGCGUGAGAAGUAGUCGUUUUAAAGAGCCAUCUUCAGAUGUUAUGAAAAGUAAAACAAAGCAUUUCUUCAAGCAAAUGCAGGGACAUGUCCCUAUCCCCUUUUUUGGUUGUGCAUUUGCAGUGGAGAGUGUGUGGUCGAGGCACUGUGUUUUGGGGCCAAAAUACUAUAAAAGUAAAGAGUCUAGUGUACCUGAGCACUUGGAAGACCAUGUGACUCCUCGUAAGAGACUGAGGAUCAUGGAUACUAGAAAAUCCAACUGCCCAGCAACUUUAAAUAUGAAGUGUAUAAGGGUGUAUCCUGAUUACAGUAUGCACUCAGCAACUGAACACAGGGAUACCAAGGCAAAAGUUCUUGCAAGUCUACAGAAAGAUUUGGCAUUGCCAUGCCCGCCUAAGAGCUAUCUACAUUAUUAUUUGACUGCUUCCCCAGCAAGUGCACACACACAUGCUACUGAAAGUGUUGAAGCAAGUGGGUACAUGCAUCCUUCACUUGUAAAGGAAAUCAAAAACUUAGUACUCAGUGGCAUGACAUCUCUCAAAGUCAUUAAGUUGGCUCUAGACAGAUUUGUUGAAAUCAAUUUCACUGGGACACACAUACCAGGUCAAAUGAAUACUACCUUUUACCCCACAGAGAAAACUAUUUACAGUCACAUUUAUCGGACCCUUUAUGGUACAAAUAAAGUAUUGUUUGACGAGACUAGACUGCAGAAUCAGGUUACAAAGACUCGAGCAAUCACAUGAUUUAUUAUAGACAUUGUACGGGAGCCAAUGGAGAAGUGAAACCAUUACUUUUUUGCUAUCAGAGCAGUUGGCAGAGAGAUCUUUUGAAGAAGUAUGGGGGUAGUUGUUUGUUAGAUGCAACAUACAAAACAACAACAUAUGAUAUUCCUUUAUUUUUUAUAGCUGUGAAGAGUAAUGUGGGCUAUUUGGUUGUCGGUUUUUUUUUCAUUCAGAUUGAAAAUGCAAGAUCCAUUCAUGAAGCACUAGACAUUUUCAAGGACUGGAACAAGGAUUGGAAUCCCCUCUAUUGGGUUACUGAUUUCUCGGAGUCAGAGAUAAAUGCAAUUGAGCAAGCAUUCCCUCAGACAAAAGUUUACUUGUGCCUUUUCCAUCGAAAACAGGCAUGGGGAAGAUGGUUGAAAAAAAAGGAUAAUCUACGUGUACCAAAUGACAUGAAGACAUUUCUGGAUAUGUGGCAAGAAAUUUCAGAAUCACCAACAGAGAGAGAAUUUAGAGAUCGCGUAGCAGAGUUGCGAACGCAUGAGGUUUCUCGGAGAAACGAGCGUGCAUGGCCAUACUUUCAACAGCAAUGGCUAACGGUAUGUGAAAGAUGGGUGAAAGCGUAUGAGGACAAGGGCAGAUUUGCAACUAUUGACACUACAAAUGGAGUUGAAGCCAUGAACAAGAUUGUAAAACAUUUUUUCCUAAAACACAAUUCAGACAGGACUUUAACUGGGGUUACUAAGGUUAUAAUAAACCAGUUUCUUCCAAACCUAAUUAGAAAGUACUGUCUGCAGAAUUCUGCCAUCAAAGCUUAUAACAAAGAUGUUCCACUGUUUUUGCAUAAAAAAACAAACAAGUUUGCGAAACAUGUCAUGCAGCGAUAUGCAUCAGCAAAAGUUGAGUUAACUGCAAGAUCAGUGAGUAGGAGAUCGGAUGGUUCGUUUUGUGUGGAGAGUGCAAAGUCCAAAAACUGUAAUUAUGUUGUAAACUUUGAUAUACCAGAUUGCACAUGUGAAGAUUUUCGGAGAUAUAAAUACCCAUGCAAGCAUUUCUGUGCAAUCUUUAUUUUUUACCCAGAGUGGGGUUUUGAUAAAAUGCCAGAAAGUUAUAAGACUAGUCCAUUAAUCUGUCUUGAUGAAAUGUAUGGGGUGGGCUUUAGAAGUGGCUCUUCAGUAAUUUCAAAUGAAGGCAGUAGUAGUGACGAAGCUGUUGAGGAGGCAGUUGAAGCAGCUGAGGAGGCUGUCAAGGUUGAGGAGGCUGUCGAGGUUGAGGAGGCUGUCGAGGUUGAGGAGGCUGUCGAGGCAGCAAAUACAGAUGGUGUUGUUCAAACCCAGAAUAUUCCUUUGCAGCAGUUUGAAGCAAGGGAGCUGUGUAAACAGAUUUAUAAUCUCACAUACAACUGCAGCAACAGCGAAACAUUACAAAAAGUACUUGAAUCACUGAGCAACUGUGUGCAAGAUUUGCAAUUAUCAAAUCCUGAAGUUGGUGGUCUCCCAUUGGCAGUGCCAUCAACUUCCAAACAAUAGCGAAGAACGAUGCCAAAAGCCUUACAAGAUCUGUCUUAAACACAUUAUAACUUCCCAUUUGAAGGGUAAGAAAUGACGGUUUAUUUGAAUUUUAGAUAGCUCUUUGUCUAUGUAAAAUACAAAUAAGCUCCGUCAUUUCUGAUCCUCGAGAUGGAAUGCUAUGAGGUCUUUAUGUUGGUCUCUGCUUUUAAACUUUGUUGCACAUUUGAAUUUCGAAGUAGCAGUAGAUAAAAUAUUAUAAAAAGGAUAGUUGCUACAUUUGUGUGUGUGUUUGUGAGUGAGCGAGUGUGCGCGCGCGCUUUUGAAAAGGCCCUUGUUGCCCGAAAGAUAAGUCCGACAGUCUUUUUGUUGUGCCUUUCUGUGACUCAGCAUCUUCACCAUUUGGUAAGCAGCAACAACUAUCCUUUUCAUAAUAUUGUUACAUUCCAUCCUGGAUUUUUUGUUGUUCAUCAGAGAAAAGAUUUUUCUGAGGAAUUAAACUAGAUGGUAGUGUAGAACUUGCAAACUUUUUAAAAUAUGAAGUAAAAGAUUUUAACUUUAAAUUAGUUUAAUUCAAAUAUGGGACAAUGUUGAGAAUUGAAAAGGUGGAAAAAAUAAAUAAGAUAUAUCUUAGUGGCAUUGAGAUGUCGUAUGACUGAUGGAGGAAAGAUUUUGCAUUUCUUUUUCCAAGUAAGAAUGCACUUGCUCUCACUUGCUUCAGUACAUGUCUAGUGAUUCACAUGAAACAGAGAAAAAGAUAGACUGCCCUGUUAAUGAACAUGAGAUUGCCCAGUAUCACUCUGACAGAAGAGUAUGGUGUUUCCUUGAUAUGGUAUCUGGUCAGCAAUGUCAUUGGGACCAAAUGAAAGCUACUGCAGAUACCACACAGAAGCAAUUACUGUUACUGGAAUACCAGUAAUGUUUAUUAAAUUCAGUUGUAAAGUAGUUCUGGGCAUUGCAGCUGGUGAGCAAUGUCAUUGGGCACCAAAAGAAGUUCAGUUAUGAUGGAUUUCUGGCCUUCAGUCCAUGGGAAAAUUCACACCAGAUUGCAUCAAGACUGUUAUAUUCCAAGGAUAUCUUGGAAGAUUGAUAGUAUUCCUGAACGAAAACAAUCCAUAUAGUAUUUCACGUGUGUAUCAAAUUGCCAUUUGUUGUGGCACAUAAAUGUUUGCAACUUGAUUGUAAUUUUUGAACAGUUUCUCAACAAUCCAAGAAUUUCUUGUAAUGAGAAGUAGACAUUGUUGCUUGGGUAAAGGAAAUACAAAUCACGGUCAAUAUAACUACCUUAUUAACUUUCCACAGAGAAAUAUUUUUCACUACUGCUACUUAAAAAUUCAAAUGUGUGACAAAGUUUGCUUACAGAACUUGGCAUAAAGAUCUCCCUUAUUUAUAUUUUUUAGGUAGCUCUUAUUGUUUGAUCCUUCAAAUGGAAUGCUAUGACCUCCAUGUGAUCUAUUCCUUAGUAGUUAAUUACACAAAUAUAUGAACAUUACAAUGAGAGGGGUCUUUAUGCCAGGCCCUGUAAAAGUAAUGGCAUCUUACUUAAUAUUAUUGUUGGGAAUUUGAUGGCACAGCUGUGGGGAGACCACAAAUUUCAGGGUUUGCUAACUGCAAAUCUGGCACACAGUUGCUGAGUGAUUCAAGUACUUUUCAUAAUGUUUCACUGUUGAUACAGUUGUAUGUGAGAUUAUAAACCUAUUUGAACAACACCUUCACUUCAAAUUGCUGCAAAGAAAUGGUUACGGUAUCAGUGUGAUGCUCUAUAUGUGUUUCCUCAACUGUGUCCUCAUUGCUACUGUCUUCAUGUGAAAUUACUGCGGACACACUUCUGAAACCAAACCUGUACAUCUUGUGAAGACAGAUUAAUGGGCUAUUCCUGCAGCUUUCUGGUAUUUUAUCAAAACCCCACUCUGGAUAGAAAAUAAAGAUUGCACAGAAAUGCUUGCAUGGGUAUUUAUAUAUCUCAAAAUCUUCACAUGCGCAGUUUGGUAGAGCAAAGCUUACAACAUAAUUAGUCUUUGAACAUUGUACUCUCCAUACAAAACAUUGUCCAAGUUCACAUUCAUUCACUAAUCUUGCAGUUAAUUCAACUUUCCCUGGUGCAUAUCACUGCAUGACAUGUUUCACAAACUUGCUUUUUUUUAAAAAAAAUGAAAAAACAGUGGAACAUGUCUGUUAUGAUUUGAUGGCAGAAUUCUGCAGACAGUACUUUCUAAUUAGGCUUGGAAGAAAUUGAUUUCUUAUAUCCCUAGUAGCCCCAUUGAAGGUCCCAUCUUUGUUCCAUUUUAGGAAAAAAAAUGUUUACAAUCUUGUUCAUGGCGUCAACUCCACUUGUAAUGUCAAUGGUAUCAAAAUUGCCAUUGUCCUCAUAAGCUUCCACUCACUUUUCAUGUAUCAAUAGCCACUGCUGUUAAACGUACGGUGAUGCAUAUUUGUUUCUCUGAGAAGCCUCACUAUCUCUUCUGUAUGAUCUGUAAAUUCUCUGUUGGUGAUUCUGAAAUUUCUUGCCACAUGCCCAGAAAUCUCUUCAUGUCAUUUGGUAUUUAUUCAGCCAUCUUCCUCAAACCUGUUUGACUGAAAAGGCACAAGUAAACUUUUGUCUGCGGAUAUGCUUGAUCAGUUGUGUUUGUCUCAGAUUAUAAGAAAUCAGUAACCCAGUAGGUGGGAUUCCAAUCCUUGAAAAUGGCUAGUGUUUCAUGAAUGGAUCUCACAUUUUCAACUUGAAUGAAAAAGAAAACCAAAUAAUCCACAUUACUCUUUACAGCUAUAAAAAAAAUAAAGGCAUAUCAUGUGUUGUUGUUUUGUAUGUUGCAUAUAACAACUAUCCCUGCACUUCUUCAAAAGAUCUCUUUGCUAACAGCUCUGACAGAAAAAAGUGAUGGUUUCACUCCUCCAUUGGCACCUAUACCAUGUUUGUAAUAAAUCAUGUGAUUGCUUUAUUCCUUGUGCCACUCGUCAGCAUGAUUCUGCAAUCUAGUCUCGUCAAACAAUGCUUUAUUUGUACAUUACAAGGUCCAAUAUGUGUGAAUAUAAUUUUUUUCAGUGGGGUAAAAUGUAGUAUUCAUUAGACCUGGUAUGUGUGUCCUAGUGAAAUUAUCAAUAAAUGUAUCUAGAGCCAAAUUAUUGGCUGUAUGAUGUCAUUCCAUCGUGCACCUGAAUUUGUAUUUCCUUUACAAGCUAUUGUUAGGAUGUGUGUGUGCUGAUUUGCUGGAGAAGCAGAGAGAUAGCGUUUCAGCUAUCUUUGAGACAGUUAAAGGAGGUGCUUUAGAAAUGAGUGUCCUGAUUGAUAUGAAAAACAGUUUUCAAAUUUUCUGUACAAACUAUAAACAGUUCCUCAGUUGGUGAUUGUGGAAGAGAUUGCCAUAGCCACAGUAUUGAUCCACUGUCAGGUGGUAAACCUAGGAUUUCCUUCCAGUAUGAGCCAAGUGAAGUAAAACUGUGGUUGGAGAAAUGUUUUAUAUUCUUAAACUGAGUAUUUGUAACCCAUUAUGGUGGAUUGCAGUUCAUGUGUCAACACUUAAAAAUGUUUAGUUCUUCACUGAUGACACUUGAUACAAUUUCAAUUUUUAAGGCUAUUCUGUGUCAAGUUAAAUUUUGAAUGAUCCAUUUAAGCUUAUUUUUUGCUGUGUGGCAGAUGGAUUUAUGUUCAUGUAAUAUUUUUAACGUUGAUUGUAGUAAGGUGUAAUAAUUUGUA